CACACAGCCCUCCCGCCGGCCGAUCCGGCGUCGCCGUGCCGCGCGCUCUCGCUUCAGGCGGGGCCGCAGGGCGCGAGGCGGCGGCGCGGCCUGAGGUGCGGGCGCCCCUCCCCGCCGGCUUCCCGGCCGCCGCUCCUCCCCGGCCGCCGCUCGUCCUCGUCCGCCUCGGCAGCGGCAAGAUGGCGGCGCCCAGGCCGCCGCCCGCCGGGCUGUCUGGCAUCAUGGUGCCCGCGCCCAUCCCGGACCUGGAGGCCCUCCGCGCGCUGACGGCGCUUUUCAAGGAGCAGCGGAACCGGGAAACUGCACCCAGGACUAUCUUCCAAAGAGUCCUGGAUAUCUUGAAGAGAUCCGCUCGCACCGUCGAGCUGGCCUGCAGAGACCCGUCCCGCGUGGAGCACCUGGCCUCGAGUCUGCAGCUCAUAACAGAAUGCUUCCGGUGCCUCCGCAACGCCUGCAUCGAGUGCUCCGUGAACCAGAACUCCAUCAGGAACUUGGAUACAAUCGGCAUUGCUGUUGAUUUGAUUCUUCUUUUUCGGGAACUCCGAGUAGAACAGGAAGCCCUGCUGACAGCUUUUCGCUGUGGCCUGCAGUUCUUAGGCAAUAUUGCCUCACGGAAUGAAGAUUCCCAGGCUAUCGUGUGGGUGCACGCUUUCCCGGAACUCUUCUUGUCCUGCUUAAAUCACCCAGACAAAAAAAUUGUUGCCUACUGUUCAAUGAUUUUGUUUACAUCCCUUAAUUCUGAAAGAAUGAAAGAACUGGAAGAAAACCUCAAUAUUGCGAUUGAUGUCAUAGAAACUCACCAAAAGCAGCCUGAAUCAGAAUGGCCGUUCUUGAUUAUUACAGACCAUUUUCUGAAAAGUCCGGAAUUGGUGAGAGCUAUGUAUGCCAAAAUGAGCAAUCAAGAAAGGGUCACACUCUUGGACGUUCUAAUAGCCAAGAUGGUGGGCGAGGAGCCUCUGACCAAGGAUGACACGACGGCGCUCCUGGGCCACGCCGAGCUCAUCGCCAGCACCUUCGUGGACCAGUGCAGGGUUGUGCUGAAACUGACUGCCGGGCAGCAUGAUGACGACGAGGCCCUGGCUACAAUUAGGCUCCUUGACGUCCUGUGUGAGAUGACCGCCAACACCGACCUGCUCAGCCACCUGCAGGGGUACCCGGGCUUGCUGGAGAGAGCCGUUGAUCUUUUACGGUUGAUUCAUGUAACUGCCAACGACACCACGGACAUCUUCAAUACCUCUGCUUGCAUAAGAGCGGAAGGGGACGUCAAAAACAUGGCUGAGGGCUUUAGGUCUCAUCUCAUUCGUCUGAUCGGAAAUAUGUGUUACAAGAAUAAAGAUAACCAAGACAAGGUCAACGAGCUGGACGGCAUCCCCCUGAUCCUGGACAGCUGCAGCCCAGACGACAGCAACCCCUUCCUGACGCAGUGGGUGGUGUACGCCAUCCGCAACCUCACCGAGGACAACAGCCAGAACCAGGAUCUGAUCGCCAAGAUGGAGGAGCAGGGGCUGGCGGACGCAUCCCUGCUGAAGAAGAUGGGAUUCGAGGUGGAGAAGAGGGGUGACAAGCUGGUUCUGAAAGCCACCAGCACCCCCCCGCCGUGACGGACCCUUCCCCAGGGGCCUGGAGUUUUGGAGUGUGUUUCACGGACGUUUCAUCUUCGCAGCGCGUGAAGGUGCAAGUGUUUGAAGGCUCGGCACCGAUUCAGGAGCUCGUCAUGCUUAGAUGCUAGUGUUCCUGUGUUUCCGCGUAAACGUGAGAGUACACGCGUGUUCUGUUGUUUCUGUGCUUUAAACCCCAGCGUCUGCAGCCCGUCCCGGGGGCCACGGACAUCUCGGGCCUGGUGCGCUCCCUGGAGGCCGCCGCCUUGGCGGAGACGCGGGGCUGCGGGUCCCAUUUGUUCCUUCAGAUGCGAGGCAGCCCGUCCCUUUUGUUUCCUCGCCUGUUGGGUUUCCUGAGCGCCGCAGGCAGCUGACGCGGCUCUCACUGUGAUUCAUUCUCGCCUCUUCUUUCACCCCUUCCGCCUCUCCAAGCACUGACAAGACGCAUUUCCAGUUCAUUAAUUCAAGAGAUGCUGAAGAACAGCGCUCGCUCGCUCUCCCUCUGCGCUGGGGCACCGAGCUGCCCUUUGGAAUUCCGUGGGGAGUCGGAGAAACGGGGCCAUUAACUCUUCUUGCUCUGAACGUCCUAGAGUCAGGCUCCUCAGGUCCAUGUGUGAGCGCUGAUGCCUCGUUGGCCCUGUGGUGCCUCUGGGCAGGGUCUGCGUUCAAGGGACAGCUGCCCUCGGUGAACCGCAGUCUCCAAAGGCCGUGCCCGGGGUGGCCGUGGCUCCGCUGGGAUUGCGCAAGUAGCUUUGGAGAGCCGGAGGCGAUUUGAUCUGGACCUGUCUUUCCGUCUGUCUGUACCUUCCUCUAUGUCAGUGAUGGCGAACCUAUGACACACGUGUCAGAGGUGACACGCGAACUCAUUUUUUGGUUGAUUUUUCUUUGUUAAAUGGCAUUUAAAUAUAUAAAAUAAAUAUAAAAAAUAUAAGUCUUUGCUUUACUGUGGUUGCAAAGAUCAAAAAAUGUCUAUAUGUGACAUGGCACCAGAGUUAAGUUAGGGUUUUUCAAAAUGCUGACACGCCGAGCUCAGAGGUUCGCCGUCACUGCUCCGUGUUCACUGUGGAGUAGAACUGGGUCAGUGAGCGCCAGCCUGCGACCAUCGAUCCGGAGCCUCCUCGGGGCCUCGGCUGGGAGGUCACGGCCGUGCGGGAAGCUCACCCUGGUGCUCCAGCCUGUUGCUCAGCUAGAACCCCCGGAGCUUUUGCACAUCCUGUUGGACCUUCCAGAUCAGAACAGCAGAGCCCAGCAGGCGCGUCCAAACACGCUGCCCCAGAUCCCGCGCUCCUGAGUCCUCUGUGCCACACCUGGUCGCUUUGUAAAACAGCCUGAGCAUGAAAUAAAGGUUGUCCCUGUG